ACUUCCAUAUCCAUCACUGAGCUGCCAAAUUACUUAAUUACCAACAGCCAAAGGCCAAACCUUUUUUUUUUUUUUUUUUUUUUGUCUCUCCUCAGAUUUUCUCUCUCAAACUUUCUUCUGCUGCAUAAUUUUCAGUCAACACUUAAUAUUAUUCCAAUUACAUUGGAGAUAAUGGGUAUAAUGAUGGGAGACGAUGGAGGACAUCAUCAUCAUCAUGAUGACAUAGAGUCCUCUUCAUCAGGAGGAAAUCACCUAUCACUCAAUAUUGAAUCAUUAGCCUCUUCCUUUCAACAAAUGAUAUCCCAAAAUUUAACAAUGUCUGAAAAAUGUUGCAUUUUUAAAAUCCCUUAUAUACUCAAAAGACACAACGAAAAGGCCUAUCUCCCCAAUGCAUUCUCAAUAGGGCCAUGGCACCAUAACAAACCAACCCUAAAACCAACGGAAAAACUAAAACUAAAAUACCUCCAUGGCCUCCUCUCCAAAGCUUCAUGUGGUGAAACAAUGUUAAAAGAAUUCCUCAGAGCCAUUUGGGAAGUCGAAGAAGAGGUACGUGCAUGCUAUGCAGGUCCUGUUGAUGCAAAUCCAGUUGACCUAGUCAAAAUUUUGGUGCUUGAUGGUUGCUUUAUAAUAGAAUUAUUCAGAAAAGAUGAUAAUGAGAAACUUAGAGACGAAGAUGACCCAAUUUUCACUAUGUCUUGUAUGCUUCAGUUUCUUUACCAUGACCUAAUUUUGCUGGAAAACCAAGUACCUUGGCUGGUUCUUGAAAAAUUGUAUCAUUUGACUGAAGAACCUGGAAGCAAACCUCUUUCGCAACUAGCCCUAAAAUUCUUUAACAACAUUUUCUCAUUUACACCUCCGCCUAUAGUUCAGCCAUUUCAAGAACAAAAACAUAUUCUUGACUUGCUCAGAAAUUGGUUAGUUUUAUCAUCGGGAAAACUAGAAGAUGUCAAUCUUGGAUGGCAACCGAUUCCUUCAGCAACAAAUCUUGUAGAUGCUGGAAUUAAAUUCAAGAAAGGAGAAGCAAAAAGCAUAUUGGAUAUUAAAUUUACAAAUGGGGUGAUAGAAAUUCCAUCAUUACUAAUCCAAGAAACAACAGAAGUUAUUAUUAGAAACCUUAUUAGUUAUGAGCAGUGUUGCCCUAAGUGCCCUUCUAGAAUUACUUCAUAUGCUAUUCUUUUAGAUAACCUAAUAAAUACAGCUAAGGAUAUGGAUAUACUUACAGAUAAUGGCAUUAUCGAUAAUUGGUUGAAUCCGGAAGAUGCAACUCAGUUCUUUAACAGGCUUUAUCACGAUUCAUAUGUGAAGAAAUACUAUUAUUUGGAUCUUUGUGAGAAAGUGAAUGCGUAUUGCCAUCGUAGAUGGCCAAGAUGGCGUGCUAUGUUUAUGCGUAACUAUUUUGGUACUCCAUGGGCUAUUGCUUCUCAAAUUGUGGCUGCUACUUUCUUGAUUCUUACUAUUUUGCAGACAUUAUUUACUAUCAUUAAGUACUGGGAAUUGCAACAUGUACCAUACCUGCUAACUCGAUAUAAAGAGGAAUUAAACAAAGGCAUCAUCAUGACAGAAGGUGGAGUGGUGAUCGACAUAGAAGAAUUGGCAUCUUCUAUAGAAAAUAACAUUUCAGAUGAUUUAUACAUGCCUAAAGAAUGUUGCAUUUUCAAAACACCUAAAAUUCUCUCUAGACAUAACCAAAAAGCUUACAUUCCUAAUGCAUUUUCCAUCGGACCGUUCCACCAUCGCGACCAAAACCUCAAACAAACCGAGAAAAUCAAAUUUAAGUACUUAAAAAACCUUCUUUCUCGGGCACAAUCUCCAGAAACAAGAUUGAGAGAUUUCAUCAAAGAGAUAAGCGAAAUCGAGAAGGAGGCUCGAGGGUAUUACGCAGGACUAAGAGACUACGAUGACUCGAAAGAAUUUGUGAAAAUGCUGGUGAUUGAUGGUUGCUUUCUAAUUCAGCUAUUCCGCAGAGAUGCAGAAAGGCAGCUCAUAGAACAACCACCUCAAAAAGAAGAUGACCAUGACCCAGUAUUCAGUAUGUCUUGUAUACCUCAAUUUUUAUAUCACGAUCUAAUCUUGCUAGAAAAUCAAAUACCUUGGAUAGUUCUUGAGAAAUUAUUUAACAUGACUAAAGAAGACUGUAACGAUAGCAAGUCUUUAGUUAGACUUGCUAUAGAAUUUUUCAGUAAUAUGUUUUCAUCUGCACCAACUAACAUAGAUGAAGGUUUAAUAACUAGGAAUAAAACUAGGCACAUUCUUGAUUUAUUAAGAAAUUGGUUAAUUUCACCACUUUGUCAAGAACGAAAGAUUCAAGAUUCUGCAUGGCAAACAUUUCCAUCCGCAACAGAAAUCAAAGAAGCUGGAAUCAAAUUCAAGAAACUAGAAAAAGCUAAAAGCAUUUUGGAUAUUAGGUUUCAAAAUGGAGUUCUUGAAAUUCCAAACUUGCUUAUUCAAGAAACAACAGAAACUAUUUUCCGAAACUUGAUAAGUUUGGAACAAUGUUGUCCAGAUUACCAGCCAAUUAUUACUUGUUAUGCAAUUGUUUUAGAUAACCUUAUAAACACUACAGAGGAUGUUCGAAUACUAUCUAAAAAAGAAAUUAUCGAUUGCUGGUUGAAUCCUGGAGACGCGACGCAGUUCUUCAGUAAGCUUUAUCUUGAUGCUUUUGUGAAGAAAUUUUACUAUUUGGAUCUCUGUCAAGAUGUGAAUGAAUAUAGGAAAAAAAGAUGUCCUAAGUGGCGUGCUGCUUAUGUGCACAAUUAUUUUGGGACGCCAUGGGCAAUUGCUUCUCAAGUUGUGGCUGCAGUUGUUCUGAUUCUUACUUUCUUGCAGACUUUGUUUUCUAUUAUUAAGUAGGUUUAGUAGUUCAAGCAAUUUGGUUGUUGUUAUCGUUAGUGUUUUUCCCAUUUGGUGUUCUUGUUAUAUACACUAUUUCUGUUUGUCUAUGGAAUUGGAAUGAAAUAAUAGAGUCUGCUUUUGUUUUUA